CACUCACCUUUCUCUCUCUCUCUCCUUCGUGUCCUAACAAAGGUCUCUGAUCAAAGCCACCAUGCAAUUUUUUUGGUUUUUUCGUUUAUCCAUACUUUUUGUUUCGUUUUUUUUUUUUUUUCCACUAGUACUUGAUCAAUAAAUAAAGCGUAAAACGAUUCAAGUUUCUCAUGAAAGAGAGGUUCACUAUCCGUGUACACUUAAAAUAAAAAAUUAAUAAAAAAAAGGAAUCUCAAUGAAGUAGUCAUAUGAUCGUGCAAUUUGGGAUAUGCAGUUCUGUCCAACAGCAUUUUGCUCUGAAAUGGAAAUUUGACUUUUUCUGUCGUAUUGCAUGCAUCCAUGAUGUGAUAAAGGGUAUCAACAAUGGGGGGUAUCUGUUCUAGGAAGAGGAAUCAACAAGUCAUUGAAGAUGAUUUGCGCAGAGGGGUCUCUGGAAUGUAUUGUAGAAGUGGCAGCACAAAAUGGUUGGGUGCAAGAAGUUUACGUUCUAGGGCUGAUCAUUGCCCUGGAGGGGGUACCUGCCCCUCCCUCAUGGAUUUAUGCAUAAAUAAGAUACGCGAGGAUUUUCAUAGAUACAAUUCAUUUUCAAUUCUUCCAAGAGACAUAAGUCAGCAAAUAUUCAAUGAAUUGGUGGAUUCUCAUUGCCUAACGGAAGAGUCUCUUGAAGCUUUUAGAGAUUGUGCUCUUCAGGAUAUUUACUUGGGUGAUUAUAUUGGAGUGGAUGAUGGUUGGAUGGAUGUCAUCUCUUCGCAAGGGUUGUCUUUACUUUCAGUUGAUAUUUCUGGUUCUCACGUGACAGAUAAUGGACUGCGACUCCUAAAGGAUUGCUCAAAUCUUCAAGCAUUGGCUCUAAAUUAUUGCGACCAAUUUUCAGAACACGGGCUCAAAAACAUUAGUGGUCUUUCAAACUUAACUUCCUUGAGUAUCAAGAAGAGCAGUACAGUCAAACCUGAUGGAAUGCGUGCUUUCUCCAACUUACUUAAUUUGGAGAAGUUGGACCUUGAGAGGUGUUCAGAGAUUCAUGGUGGAUUUGUUCAUCUUAAAGGUUUGAAAAAGCUUGAGUCUCUUAAUAUUGGAUGCUGUAAAUGUGUUAUGGAUUCAGACAUGAUGUCUAUCUCAGGGCUUAUAAAUUUGAAGGAUUUACAAAUUUCCAACAGCAAUAUCACUGAUCUUGGGAUUACCUAUUUAAGAGGUUUGGAGAAGCUUACCACAUUAAAUGUUGAAGGAUGCAAUAUCACUGCUGCAUGUUUAGAGUCUAUUUCUGGUUUAGCUUCCUUGGCAUGCUUAAAUCUCAACAGAUGUGGUCUCUCUGAUGAUGGAUUUGAGAAAAUUUCUGGUCUUAAAAGCUUGAAGAGGUUAAGUCUGGCUUUUAACUUGAUCACAGAUGCAUGUUUAGUUCAUCUGAAAGGUUUAACAAAUUUGGAGUAUUUGAAUAUGGAUUCUUGCAAGAUAGGUGACGAAGGGCUUGCCAAUUUGACAGGACUCACUCUCUUGAAAAGCCUAGUUUUGUCUGACACUGAAAUUGGGAAUAGCGGGCUGCGUUACAUUUCAGGUUUAAACAAACUGGAAGAUUUAAAUUUGUCAUUCACCUCAGUAACUGAUAAUGGCCUGAAAAGGCUGUCAGGAUUGACACAUCUUAAAUCACUUAAUUUGGAUGCCCGACAAAUUUCUGAUGAUGGACUUCAAAAUCUUACAAGUCUGACUGGAUUGAUAACAUUGGAUCUCUUUGGAGCACGCAUUUCAGACCCUGGAACUGCAUAUUUACGAUCUUUCAAGAAGUUGCAAUCCCUCGAAAUAUGUGGUGGAGGAUUAACUGAUGCUGGCAUAAAAAAUAUCAGAGAAAUUGUCUCCCUGACACAGCUAAACCUGUCUCAGAAUUGCAACUUGACAGAUAAAACUUUGGAAUUGAUAUCUGGAAUGACUGCAUUGAGGUCACUAAAUGUUUCAAAUUCUCGUAUAACCAAUGAGGGGCUGCAGUAUUUGAAGCCUUUGAAGAAUUUACGCUCUCUUACCUUGGAGUUUUGCAAGGUCACGGCUUCUGAAAUUAAGAAGCUUCAGUCAGCUGAUCUUCCAAAUUUGAUAAGCUUUCGGCCAGAACCAGAAUAGACCAGGAGAAAUAAAAUUGUGUUAUCUGCCUGGGGAACUAUUCUCUGUACAUAUUUAUGGCUACUGUUUGGGUAGUUAUAAAUAACAAUUUAAGUAAUAGAAGGAGUGAUUCUAGAAAAUGUACAUACAACUGUCGUGCAAGAAUGUAAUUAUACUCUAUUUGCAUGUUUGUAUUUUCCCCGUCUAAGAAUAUUUGUACAUGAAUUUUUCUACACCCCCCCCCCCCCGAAAAAAAAAAUCCAGCCUGGUGAGGCUAUCUAUAUUGGAUGUGCAUUAUGUCAUAACAUUCUGAUGGAUCCAAUGAAGAUGCGGACAAGAGUGACGGGGCUCAUUAUAGUUGUGUAAAUUUAUUGUUUGAUAAUUAUAUCUUCCUAGAACAGAGUUGUGUACGUUGACUGGUUUUUAUUGUGUUGUGUGCUCAUGAAUGAUAAUCAUGUUCCUGAGAAAAUCAUAUUUACAAUAGUGAGGCAGUUUGGACCUUGAUACU